GAUAUUGUUAAUAGGAAAUGGCGUCUGAUGAUUUUGAAUAUGUACAGGCAAAGGAUGUAAAAAGUACCCUAUGAGCCUGUGUCGAACAUGGAAUUAAGUGAACCCUGUUACAUUAAAAUCUCCCUGCUUACUUAACAGGAUGGGGAGGAGGAAUAAUAACAAAGACUGUUUAUUUUCUUUUUUUUUUUUUUUUUUUUUUAGUAUGAGAUGGCAUAUUAAUAUUACAUGACCUCAUACUAAAUAAUUAGAGACCCAUGAAUUCCAUUUCAAGCACGAAAAACUAUAAUUUUCUGUGUCUGGCAUUUUUGUGCAGCAUUGUAGAGGAUUGAGAGAGAUCAAGCAAAGACUCUAAAUAUUGUAACAAUAACUUCAGAUAAGAAUGCUUCUCUUUUCUAUUAGUCUCAGCAGUCAAUAAUACACAACUUUUUGCUGUAUAUAUUGAGGGGUUACUCUUUCACACAUAGUUAUUGGAGGCAUAACCUCAUCACCUAUGCUGUUGAAAACUAAGCUUUUGUGAAAAGAAUGGAGGCAUUUUUCAUAGGAGUUUACACAGCUGACCAUAAGCCGAGCAUGGAUCAGUACAUCACAUUCUGUAACUCCUGUGCAAAGUCUCUCAUUGAUUGGAGUUGACAGGGAAAUGCCCAUUGUUAAAACCCAUCCACUGUUAGCAGAAAUGUGGCAUGAAACAGGUUGAACAUGUGAUAGCUGCUGGCACUUUGGACGUUUUCUAUUCAAAUGUCAGAUUAGUAAAGCACUUUGGGGUGGGGUGUUUUUUUGCACUGUGCUUAGCACAAGCUGGAAAAGUCUAGUGCGAUGGUCAUUUCCUGCUGAGUCAGAAUGCAGCAAAGCUCCUCCAACAUGAAUGCAGCGGCCCACAGGAGAUGGAGAAGAGACUGCACUGUGUUUGGAAAUGUCUAAAUGAUCAAAGAGCUUCUCUGACAUUUGUGAAGGAAAGUAUUUCAGUAUGUCUUUACAACUCUUCUUUCAGAGCACAGUUCAUCUCUUCGGAUGCUCUGCCUUUAGGCUGGUUUUUUUUAGUGAAUUGCUAACAUUUGUGACUAUGUGGUUGCUAGAAGAGCUAGCACUUCAGAGUGUAUAGCACAUAAUAUUGAAAGAGGCUUGAAAUCAACAACAGAUCUGUAAAGAUAACUGGAUUAUGUUACAGAAAUAAUUUUAGUAAAUGAGAUUUACCCAAUAUAUUUCUCUAAACAGAAAUCUCAACAUAUGGCUAUUUCUAUCCAAACUAGAGAAGUUGGACUCCUUCCUCUCUUUCAGAGAAAAUAGACUGAAAAGUCUCCCAGCUGUAUUCCUGCUCUACUAAUUUUGUUUCCCUCUCUACCAGUUUUUGCCCAUGUGGAGAAGAAAAGGCAUUUCUUGUGUUCCCUGCAAGUAAACCUUUGCAAGAAGUUCUUUUUAAUGAAAAAUGGAUGCCUGGCUCAGAGUAAAGGACAUACAGUGCACAAUCCCUAGCAGAAGCUGAAAAUGGAUGAUGUCUACUGAUGCUUUUCGAUGAUGUCACCUCCUCUUUUUCUGUUUGAGAUGGGUGAUAGGAAAAUGUUCUAAAAUAAGACUCAGUGACCUUUUCAUCCCUUGACUUCUCUUUCCACAAGUCUAAAAACCAUCUGAAGAAAUGACCACCCAGCUACCAGAGGAGUCUGUGGAGACCCAGAGCUCAGAUGAGCUUGAGUGCAAGAUCUGUUACAACCGCUAUAACCUGCGACAGAGGAAACCAAAAGUGCUGGAGUGCUGUCACAGAGUGUGUGCCAAAUGCCUUUGCAAGAUCAUAGACUUUGGCGAUUCCCCGCAAGGAGUCAUCGUGUGCCCGUUCUGCAGGUUUGAAACGUGCCUGCCAGACGAUGAGGUUAGUAGUCUUCCUGAUGACAACAACAUCCUCCUGAAUUUAGCUUGUGGGGGAAAGGGAAAGAAGUGCCUACCAGAUAACCCAACAGAACUGUUGCUGACUCCCAAAAGGCUGGCGUCUCUGGUUAGCCCUUCUCACACCUCUUCUAAUUGCCUGGUUAUAACAAUCAUGGAAGUACAAAGAGAAAGUCCCCAGACUCUGAACUCAACCCCUGUGGUGGAAUUUUACAGGCCUACAAGUUUUGACUCUGUUGCAACUGUGUCCCACAACUGGACAGUGUGGAACUGCACAUCUUUACUCUUCCAGACCUCGAUUCGGGUGCUAGUGUGGUUGCUAGGGUUGCUGUACUUCAGCUCCUUGCCUUUAGGGAUUUAUUUACUGGUAUCCAAGAAAGUCACCCUUGGGGUUGUCUUUGUAAGCCUUGUUCCUUCGAGCCUUGUUAUUCUCAUGAUUUAUGGCUUUUGCCAGUGUGUUUGCCAUGAAGUUUUAGACUGCAUGUCAUCUUGAUAACAAAUGCAGUAAAAUAAGGUGUGUUGCCGGAUGUGUAGCAUAGUUGAUUUAUCCUGGUUUUGUAUUCUUUGUAUUCUUAUUUAUUUUUAUUGUCCAUCACACUAAAUGGAAGCAGUGGCCCUAGUUACAUGGUCCCUUUUUUACCAACUGAAUUUGACCCCCCUCACCCCCAGCUUUUUUUGAGCUAAGAAUUGGAAAUAAAAACUCCAUGUUGAUUUUGAAGGGCUGAAUUUUAGAAAGGGAUAAAGCAAAAUCACCAAACUUGGUGCCUGCUGCUGCUGCCCCUGUUCAGAUGAGUAGGACUUUGCUUUGUAUUGGCUUGAUCAAGUCAGUUCAGGCUGUAAGAUUCACCCAAGAAGUAAUUACUGUAGCAGACACCUUCCAGAUGAAAGUACUGCAUCUCUUCACCCAAAGCAUCUCAUGCUCUGAAAUAUCUGUUAUUUAUAAUCCGUCAUCAUUUAUGAUGAGGAAAUUAAGUCACUCUAUUAGUUAACAUUGUAAGAAGAAUAAAAUAAACUACCAACAUUUAGUUCUUGUUGUAGCAAAAAUACUUGUGGGAGGCCAACAUUUUUUUUAAUGUUAAAAAUUUGUCUCCAGAACACUUUCUCCAAAAAGAAGCCCAUUUUUUCUUGUCACACAGUUACAGCUCACUGUGAAAUAUUCUUGCUAAUGAGUACUUCUGGGGACCCAGUCACGUGUUUGCUGUUCUCCAGGUGCACUUAUUUCAGUGUACACACCUUAAGCUUCCCUCUGAAGGUUCAGUGUUCUGUAGAUUUCUCUAGCUAUGUCCUGUUAUGUCUCCACUCCCUCACAGCAUUUCCACCACCACUAGUGACAUUUCCAAGCUACCAGUCCUUCCUAAUGGAUGACCAACCUCAUGCACAUGUACUCUGUGGUAGUGUGCUGGAGAAUUUGGCUUAUGUGACUUUAGCUCUCAAGAUAGAUUUUAUUCCCAACCAUUAGGAAACAGAUCUUCAAUAACUAAUACAAAUUCAAGAAAAAAAAAUCUGAAAUGGUUAACUGGGGUUUUGUUUCGUUGGGUUUUUGAGAUUGGGGUUUUGUUUGUUUGUUUUUGUUCUGAGUUCACAGAAUGGGCAUUGUAAGGAGAUACUGUGACUUUGAGAAGGUUUCUGUUUAAGGUAUAGUCCUUCAAAAUGUUUAAUACUCUGAACUCCCCCCUGUCACCACUGUGAGUUGAUGGCAAUCUAGAUGUGGUAAUUAGCAUGUCUCCAUUAGUGGAGCUCAGAGGAAUUGCUGAUACUUUACCAUUCCACAAAUAGAACCAGGCCCUGUAAGGCUUGCUUGUAUGUUGCAUGGUUUAGGCUACAUUUUGAGCUACUGGAAGAACACAAAAAUAAGUAAUAUUUAAUGUUUAUAUGUAUAGCUAGGUCUAGAAACACCACAGCUGCAAACCGGUUUUUCUUGUGCACAGCAGAGUGGAGUUGAGCAGUGCAAGCCUGGGUUUGGGUCUGGCACAAGAUUUAGUCAUUUCAGGGCAGUGUAAAAGGGAGAGGGGUUUGUUGCAUGAAAUUUGAAUGUAUGGCCUGACAAUAUACUUUAGAAUAAACAGACUUUGGUAAGAAUGAAAAAAUGACAGUGGGAAAAGCAGAGCCUAUCAAGAGUAUUUGAAGUUAAGCUGGUUCAAUUUUUGUGGAUGGCACAGGUGGUAUCUUCAGUUUUAUUGCUAUUGCAAACAGAGAAAGUGUGGAAAUGUAAAGGUCCUGCUUUUCUUGACACUCAUUUUAUAGUAGUGCAUAUAUAUGUGUGUGUAUGUAUAUAUAGACACAUAUGUAAGAGGAAAACUUACAGUGACAUUCUAGUUUUCAAGUGUAUGGAGUUAUGGAGCUGUGUAUUUAAUGAUUAAAGGAAAUAUUUCAGACUUUUCUGUAAUGACAAUAAUUAUACCUAAAAUAUUUUCAGAAUUCCUAGAAAAUACUAUUCCUAAGUAAUUGUUUUUAAUGUUUGUGAAAAAGCACAUGUAGUUAGAAGAGGAAUCAUCUCUAGUGAAGGUUUGACUCAUCUAUGAACUCAUAAAUUUUAAGUAUCCAUCAAUAAUCAUGUCAAAAAGAAAGAAAAACAGAAACCUGCGUGGUUUUAAAGAACUUCAUAACUUUUGGAAAGAUGUAUUUGUAGUGUUAGGGGUUUAUAUGUUUUAGCAUUUGUUCAAUUUGUCUGAAUAUAGUGUGUCUAAUAAAGGGCUGACUAACACAGGA